CUCUUGCGCAAAAGCACAUGACAGUGUGGACGUCUUCUUGCACAAGAUGUUUUUGAGUAACAACCUGCUAGAAACUUCAUUUAGGAUUAUACUGAGUAAUCACUUUGUCUCUGUAGUAUCCGGUUUUAAGCCUUAUUCAAGACUGACUUUUUUCAUUUAAAAAAAACCCCAAAAGCACUUGGAACUUUGCACAUUUACACUCACAGAAAGAAAGAUUUUUUUUUUGGUAAAGUUGGAAAUAAAUGUUUAAACAUUAUUAGGGCUUGUCUUCAUGUACAGUGCUCUAGUAGUGCACGCUUUAGUGAAAACACUCCAAUGCUGACAGAAGAGUUUCUCCUAUUGAUGGAGUUAAUCCACCUUCCCAAGAAGCAGUAAUGGCAUUGGCAAGAGGAGUUGUCUGUCGGUGGGUGGUGAAGUUGGUAUAACUGUUGCUCAGGGGUAUGGAUUUUUCACACCUUGAGUGAUGUAGUUUUACCAGUAUAGGUCUGUAGUAUUGCUCUGGCCUCAGAUAAUUUAUUUUUUGUGAAGAUUGCACAGGAUGGGGACCAGUAGAAUAAACUUCACAGCUCAAAUUAGUUUUAAAAGUCCUGGUACAAAUCACAGUUGGUGGAAUGUGGUCUGAUUCUCAUUUAUUUGUUGUAUGUUUGUCGUCAAUCCUGGUAUCCAAGUUUGUACCACCUGGAAUUAGUUAAGUAUUGAUACUUCUUACAAUCAUGAUACUAAGCAAUAAAAUCUUUCUCUCAAUAGGCAUCUUGGAUUUUAUGCAAAAGAGUGAAAAACCGUGGAAUAAGCAGUGAUCUUUUUUUAUUCUGUUGAUUUUGAGAUCCUUUGUUGAACUGGUAGAAGAUGCCAGCUGGGAAAGUUUUGCAGCCUGUACUAAAAAUGAAAGUGGAUGAACUCUUCCUGUGUUGGCUAAGCCAGCCAACAACUCAGGUGAUGUUAAAGGAUUGUUUGAGAAGGAUUAAGAAUGAAGAGAAGACUGAAAUUGGUAGUGGAGAUGCUGGGGACAAUGAACCUCUCAUUUUUACUAAUAAAAACUCCCAAUCUAAGCAAAGUAUGCUAGAUAACUUGAUAUCUCCUUUGGUGACUCCUUCCAGUCCUCCUCAUCUUUCCACAGCUCUCCCACUGGGAACUUCAACUAGCCCAAGAAGCCUAUCUAAUCGAGGAAUACGUAGAUCUACAGGAACAAGAGUCGUUCAGACAAAGAAAGAAGAAUCUUUGCCACCAUCACUGAGCCAAACCAUUCCAUCGUUUUAUUUUCCUCGAGGAUGUCCAAAAGAAAAACUGAAUAUAGAUGCAGUGAUUGCUAAAAUAGAGAGAACUUUCUCUCAGUUUCCAAAUGAGAGAGCAAGUUUAGAAGACAUGGGAAAAGUUGCAAAGGCCUGUGAAUGCCCACUUUACUGGAAAGGUCCCUUGUUUUAUUGUGCUGGAGGAGAACGAACAGGAUAUGUCUCCGUUCAUAAAUUUGUUGCAAUGUGGCGAAAAAUACUGCAGACCUGCCAUGAUGAUGCUGCAAAGUUUGUUCAUCUUCUGAUGAAUCCUGGAUGCAACUACUUGGUGCAAGAAGAUUUCAUUCCAUUUUUACAAGAUGUGGUGAAUAGUCAUCCUGGCCUAUCAUUUUUAAAAGAAGCAUCUGAAUUUCAUUCUCGUUACAUUACCACAGUUAUACAAAGGAUAUUUUAUACAGUAAAUAGGUCUUGGACUGGAAGAAUCACAUGUAAUGAGCUCAGAAAAAGCAGCUUUUUGCAGAAUGUGGCAUUAUUGGAAGAAGAAGUUGAUAUUAACCAGCUUACUGAGUACUUCUCUUAUGAGCACUUCUAUGUUAUCUACUGCAAAUUUUGGGAGCUGGAUACAGACCAUGACCUCUAUAUUGACCCAAAGGAUUUAGCCCGGCAUAAUGAUCAUGCUAUAUCAAACAGGAUGAUAGAAAGGAUAUUCUCAGGAGCAGUAACAAGGGGUAGAAAAGCACAGAAAGAAGGAAAAAUUAGCUAUGCUGAUUUUGUCUGGUUUUUGAUAUCUGAAGAGGACAAAAAGACUCCAACUAGCAUUGAAUAUUGGUUUCGCUGCAUGGAUCUUGAUGGGGAUGGUGCAUUGUCUAUGUAUGAACUGGAGUAUUUUUAUGAGGAACAGUGUCAAAAACUGGAUAACAUGGCCAUUGAACCUCUGCCUUUUGAAGACUGUCUCUGCCAGAUGCUGGAUCUUGUAAAGCCACAAUGUGAAGAGAAGAUUACUCUGCAUGACUUAAAGAAGUGUAAGUUAGCAAAUGUGUUCUUUGAUACCUUUUUCAACAUUGAAAAAUACCUUGACCAUGAGCAGAAGGAUCAAUUUUCUAUGUUGAGGGAUGGUGAAAAUGAAAGCCAAGAGAUUUCUGACUGGGAGAAAUAUGCUGCAGAAGAGUAUGAUAUCUUGGUAGCUGAAGAAGCAGCUAGUGACCAGUGGAAUGAUGGUUAUGAGGCAGAGCUGAAUCCUGUAGACCAUCAGAAGGCCAAUGUCCUAAAAUUUCAGAUGGAGAAAAGACCUUUCUUUGAAAUGCCUUCCCAUCUGGCAGAUGUAGACUUGGAUGACUAUGAUUAUGAAGAGGAUUUUGAGUGAUUUUGAUCAACACUUGGAAAAGGAAAAGGACAGUCUGCAGCAGGUCUGCUAUACACAUAUAAAAUGAGUGGAUUUAUCGCAAGAGAAAGUAAGCUUAGUUCUUUGUGCUACGAAAUAAUCAUUAGAUUAUCAUUUAAAGAAAAUGAAGUGCAUUUGUAUGGAAUGAUUAAACACUUUUGUAUUUAUUAGUAGUCUAUAGCUUGUAAAAUAGAUUUAAAUAUUUAUUUAUAGAUGUUGCAUAAUUCCUUAAUGGAAGAGUAACCCUAUUUGAAUUCUUCUCUAAAGUACUCUAUUGAUUUUAAGAGAUGACUAUAUAAUUCUAGAGUUGAUACACAGUGCACUGAUCACCUUCAUCCUCUAUCUGUGAACCGAAGUCCCUGUGCUAGGAUGGGAAAUCAGGAGAAUGCUUGUGCAUGACCUCCAGUGUUCGUGCUGUCAUGGCAAAAAUCUAGUAACAUUAGCACUGGCAAAGAGAAUGACAGUAGCUGUGAGUAAAGGAUUUGACUCAGUACUUUUGGCUAAAGGUUCAUUUGACAAGCUGGAUACGUUGGUACACAAGCUAGACUACAUAAUGCCUGAAACAAGCUUCUCCUCUUUCUUUACCACCCUCUCGUUUUAUUUGCCUCAGCUUUUAACUUUGCCCUUUAAAAUUUCAAGUCUUUUCUUUCAUGUCCAUUCUCGAAUACCGAAGUCUCUUUUAAUGUUCAUACUUGAUGCCAAAAUGGGUAUUUUACUCCAUGUAGAAGGAACCAAUUUUUUAAAAACUUGUAUAAAUGUUACUUGAUCUGUGAUGUGCACUAAUUUGUGGGCAUUCAAUGUUUUUGUUUGUUCCUCCUUUUCAAUGGUUAGCUAUUGACACAUUCCAUAAAUAUUCAAAGUGUCACAGCAGCUUGAAAUUGUUGCCUCACCUGCCUACCUAUGACAAGAAAUUGCUUAGACAGGUUGACAUUUGUUACUCAGUUAAAUCAGAAGGUUGUAGUGCCUUGAAAUGUACAAAUGUAAAUGAAAGUUUAGGUAUGGAAUGUUUUCAGCAAUACUUUAGUGCUAAACCAAUUUUCAUGUAAAAUGUACAAAAAGAUGUAAGUUAUUUUUGUUUGCGGUGUAGAUCUGUUUAAAAUGUUUAAAAGAUCAUGUUUGUAUUUUCCAAUAAAGAUUUUCAUACAUGUAAUCUACCUGUACUCACUUAUUAUAGACAACAAAUGUCGUUCUAUUUUAAUUUCAAGAUGCCUUUUUAAAAAUUACAAGGUAUGCAUGUUUGUAAAUGCUUCUUUAAAUGUUAAGCUUGGAUCAGUUUGGCAUGUUUAUUCAGAGCUAAAAAUGUUGAAGAAAUCUGUAGGUACUUUCCACUAUAGAAGGCAACAUGUUUUUAAACUUCAGGAAGAUUGCUAUACUAAACAAGCAGGAGGAUAGUGUGUGAUGAUCUAAGGUAAAUGGUAGCCCAAGUUCUCUCUCAAUGUCACAUAAUGAAAGAAUACCCUUUUGUAACAUGAGCUCUGGUGUUGAUUUCCAGUACCAGAGCGUAAUUAGAGAGAAUGCAAGCAGCAUUCUAAUCGCUUUAUAUACAAGGAUUAUAAAAAGAACCUUGUCUACUAGUUUUUUUGCAACUUGUCUAGUGGGAGAUUACAUAAAUCUAACUUCUACAGUUGUGUAACACCUUGCAAACACCAACUUAGUCUGACCCUGAAGCAAAAUUUCUCAGCAGGCUCCCUACAGAAUUAAUUUCAAGCUUUGUCAUGACUCCCUAAAUACCAUGGAGAAUGAUUUAUCUUGUGAUGAGUAAACUAACUUCAGAGCAUGCUCAGAUACAACCUUAUUCAUGUUUCAAAGUUUUAUGUUGUUGUGCUCUCAAAUAGAUUCCAACUUGUAAAAAGCAUUUGUAUGCGUAGGCAUGUGGUUCUAAUGAUCUAGUUCUCUUCAUGAGCUGACAUUCCUGCACAUAAAAUGCAGCUCUAAUCUGAAAAGUGGCAGAAAAUGUUAUACCUCACGGCAGAGUUGCUUUCCUGAUUUUUUAAUAAUGGCCGCUUUACAUAGAUCUGUCACUUUGGUUGUUUCACUCUCAGUAAUAAAGGUCCUUUGAGUUAUUGGAUGUGUGCAUACCUAAUGUGGAGAACCUAUAGGGAUGUGCAUUUUUGAUUGGAGACUUUUUUCAUAAACAUUGUUCUGGGUUCCCCACCUCCAGUCUGUACAUCCUCAGAAUAUAUAGGUAUGGCAGAUAUGCUGUUUCAUUUCCUUUUCAACCUUGUGCACCUUAGCUGUCAGACAAGCAGUGCUCCAUCUCCUUUCUUCAGCUGGCUUGUUCUCAUCUUCAUUAAUCUUUCAUUUAGUUGGCACCUUUUAUAGCAUAGACUUUUGCUUUCAGAGGGGUUCCCCUUCCUGCUCAGGGGCUUUGCUUCCCCAGGGUGCUUGCGGACUUUUUUCUAGAUAAGUUAUGCCCAAAACUAUGGGUUUCAAACCCUGCCAGACUUUCCAUAGGUCCUUUUUAUCCCAGCAACAGGCAUUCCAUCCAUGUCCCAUAUUCUAUUGAAGUAUAACGUUUGCUUUGGCUUCAAGAAUAGAUCCAGAAUAUUGAGGGAGACAAACUAGUUAUUCUUUAUGGAGUAUUAUUUGGGACCUUCAGAGUAGGUCUCAUGUGCAUGCAUCACCAGCACCUCCCAGGACAUUAGCCUCAAACUCCCAGGCCACUCUAACAACUUUUAAUUGGAUUGCAGUGAGCCGAGGCUAAAGGCUGGCUUCAGCGUCUU